GUUUUUAGUCUUCAUCGAAUGCUCGUCGUGGUGUCGUGUGUGUUUGUGCCGUCCUUCUCGAGCGUAUCUGCUUUUUCCCGCCUAAUUCGUGGUUUUUUUUUCACAUUUAUAAACUUAAUUAUUAAUUAUUAAAUAAUUCGGUUUAAUUUUGGUUCGAAUUACGUGUGUUUUUAUUGUUUUGAUAAAUUUUUCAACUGUGUGUUGAUCGUGUUUGAAUCGACGAGUUCGAGUCGUGGAGGUUUUUCAACCAUUUUACCAUUGUAUUGUUCAGUAAUAGCAGCGCGUCUACUUACUCAUAUCUACUAGUCGGUCUCGACGUGAACGUGGUGUGAUUGUUGGUUGUGUUGUAGAUAUAUUUCGCGGCGUCAUUUUCAUUUUUAAAACAUCGUCGAGUUUUGUUUGUGCUUUUAUUUUAUACCUACCUCUACCUCUCUCUCUCUGGUGGUAUAAUAAUUUACCGGUGUAAAAUUUUUUCCGCCGUAUUUUCACCACUUCUCGUCGUCGAAAAUUAUUGUAUUAUAUUGUGUUUUGGUGUAUACGAGUAAUAAUUUAUGAUCUCUGUUAUUUGUGUGUAUUGAUUGUUGAAAGCCGAGCACAUGAAGUUGAUAUUAUGAUUUGUUAACGUAGCAUGUACCCGAGUGCUGCCAGCAUGAACGCAGCGGCGGUAGCAGCGGCUGCCCGGCAUCCGGGCCCGCCUCAACCUGGCCAACCAUUCAAGUUUACGGUGAUCGAAUCGUGCGACCGAGUAAAAGAAGAAUUUAAUUUUCUACAAGCUCAAUACCACAAUGUUAAGAUGGAAGUUGAAAAGGUGGUACAGGAAAAAACCGAAAUGCAGAGGCAUUACGUUAUGUAUUACGAAAUGUCGUACGGUCUUAAUGUGGAAAUGCAUAAACAGACUGAAAUUGCCAAAAGACUGAACGCAAUCAUCGCACAAAUAUUACCAUUUUUAUCGCAAGAGCAUCAGCAGCAAGUCGCCACAGCCGUAGAAAGAGCCAAACAAGUCACGAUGACGGAAUUAAACGCUAUUAUUGGACAACAACGACCAGAUUUACCGAGAUUACUGCAACAAAUGCACGCUCAGCAGUUACCACAUGCAGCUCAUGCGCCACCGAUACCAAUGAUGCCACCGCAUCCCGGCAUGCCCGGACCUCCGGCUACGGCUGCUAGUCUACUAGGUUUAUCCGGUUUGGCCGGACCGGGAGCUCACCCUUUGAGUAUGCUGACAGCGAAACCAGAAUUGCACAGAGACGAUAAAUCCAACAGUGGUUUAAAUUCGACAGAAGAAAGACAUAGAAAUUCAAUUUCGCCGGCCGAACGAGAAAAGUAUCGAGCUAGAAGUCCCGCAGAAAUUGAGCACAAAAAAGUCAAGAAGGAAGAAAAAGAUUGUCAUGCAAGCGAUGGUGAAAAAAGUGACCAAGAUCUCGUCGUGGAUGAUGCCAGUGAAGACCCAGCAUCGCCACCCAAUGGUACCACAUCGCCCAGAGAGAACGGUUUGGAUAAAUUGGUGCCGAAGAAAGAUCAUAUCGGCCCUCAUAGUCCCAGAAGUGGAACUUCCUCGAAUGCCAGCACACCGUCGGCUAAAAAGAUGGAAGAAAAGCCCACCACCCCGAUCUCGAAAUCUGUUACGCCGACUAGUGGCGGUAGUGGCAGUAGCGUUGCCGGAUCAUCUGCGUUGAAGCCUUUGGUCAAGACACCGACUUUGGCUGCAGGUUAUCCACACUAUUUGACCGGAGCCGGACCGCACGAUUUGCAGGCUGCUGCAGCUUCGGCGUACGGAUCGCUGCAUAAUAACUUACCUCCAGCUUUGAACGCUUAUCCUAGACCUCCUCUAGUUGGUUACGAUCCUCAUUCGCAAAUGCGUGCACCACUUGGCGGUUCACUUGGCGGUAUUCAUGGUGGCAAACCAGCGUAUUCAUUCCACGUCAUAGCCGAUGGUCAAAUGCAACCAGUGCCGUUUCCGCCGGACGCACUGAUCGGUCAAGGAAUACCGCGACAUGCCAGACAGAUUAACACGUUGAGUCACGGCGAAGUGGUAUGCGCAGUAACGAUAAGCAAUCCUACCAAGUACGUUUAUACCGGAGGUAAAGGAUGCGUUAAAGUUUGGGAUAUCAGUCAGCCCGGAUCCAAGUCGCCGGUAUCGCAGCUCGAUUGUUUGCAAAGAGAUAAUUACAUCAGAUCGGUUAAACUAUUGCCAGACGGAAGAACGCUGAUUGUCGGUGGCGAAGCUAGCAACCUCAGCAUAUGGGAUUUGGCCUCACCGACGCCUCGUAUCAAGGCCGAACUCACCUCAAGUGCUCCGGCCUGCUAUGCUUUGGCAAUUAGUCCAGAUUCCAAAGUCUGCUUCAGUUGCUGCUCUGAUGGAAAUAUCGCCGUGUGGGAUUUACACAAUCAAACGCUGGUUCGACAAUUCCAAGGUCAUACCGAUGGCGCAUCUUGUAUCGAUAUUUCGCCGGAUGGUGGAAAAUUAUGGACCGGAGGUCUCGACAAUACCGUUCGGUCGUGGGAUCUCAGAGAAGGAAGGCAGUUGCAGCAGCACGACUUUUCGUCUCAGAUUUUCUCGCUGGGGUAUUGUCCAACUGGCGAUUGGUUGGCGGUCGGUAUGGAAAAUUCCAACGUCGAAGUACUUCACGCCCUAAAGACUGACAAAUAUCAAUUGCAUUUACACGAAUCGUGCGUAUUAUCGUUGAGAUUCGCGACCUGUGGCAAAUGGUUCGUAUCGACCGGAAAGGAUAACUUACUUAAUGCCUGGAGAACUCCUUACGGAGCGUCCAUAUUCCAAUCGAAAGAAUCAUCAUCGGUGUUGAGUUGUGAUAUAUCGAACGACGAUAAAUACAUUGUAACCGGUUCCGGAGACAAAAAGGCUACCGUUUACGAAGUCAUUUACUAAGCUUUUAGUACGUUGUAUGUAUGUAAUUGCUAUGGCCAUGUAACGAACAUCUCGAGACGACAAUUGUCAUUUCAUUUUCAAAAACCUGAAGUGCAUUUCAACAUAAGUUAGGUAUUUAUUUCGCGUGUAAAUAAGAGAUUUUAAAUAAGUAGUAUGUAACAAAGUGUUUCAAAUGUAUUGACCUGCUCUUUCUUUUUAUUGUAAAUGUUAUUUAUUAUUAUGUUGUUUUUACAAAAGUUAGGUUUUCAUUGUUUCUCCUUUUUUUUUUCAAAUUGAAAAAAAAUAUAGCGGCUAUCGCGAUAAUUUUAAAACGAAUAUUAGCAUUUAUUCUUUAUUGAGAAACUCGAAAUGGUAUUUUGUUUUUUCUGAAAAAUUUGGUAGUUGAAACUGAAUAAGAGUGGCUUUGUUUUUUUCCUAUCGAGUAGCGAUUUUUAGAUAAUGAUGAAAUAUUAGUGAUACGCCGCUUUGUUAUAUACGCUUGUUUUAGAUAUUAAUACGAAUAAAUUAUUUAAAAAGAGAAUUUUUAUCGAUAAGGCUACAUUCGAACUAUUUCGUCGUUUUUUUUUAAACAUUGAGAAAUUUCUUUUUACACAUCUUUGUUUUUGUUUUAUUGAGAAUUUGUUUUGUUUAUUCUUUCUUAUUUUCUUUCUUUCUUUUUUUUUUCGUUUACAUUAAUUUAUAUACUUUUUUUGUUGGACGCACCAUUAAGAUCGACUUUCUGUAGUCUUAAUUUUCAAGUAAUGGCCCCCUCGGCCGAGUUUUUAAUUUUUUGGAAUUUUAUAGCAGUUUUGUUUUUAAUUUGUGUUCACCAGUACUUUGUAUUCUGUAUUAUAACGAUAAAAUUGAUUACUUUUCUAACUGGUGCUGUUUGUAAGAAAUUGUUACUUUAGUUGUAUUAUUCGCUGUAUAAUAUCUUUAAUAAUAAAAAGUUUGUGGAUUUGUUUAAAA